AUGUGGGUUGAACCUGCCACUAGACUUGAGGAUAACCAGUCCCACCCAUGACAUUUAUGGACAAGGUUGGAUAGAAUGAAGUAACAGAAUUCUUCUGACAGUCCCAGGCCUCCUGUUUAUCAGCACUUGUGCGAUCAUAAGCUAAGUUAGGUUCGAUGCAGUGUUACUAAUGGGGCUAAUCUAUAGUUUACUUACCUCCUUUGUAUUAAAGAACCAAACUUAAUCAUGUUCCGGCUACUGACCUCUUGCUGGUCUCGGACGAGGACAACCAAAGAACCACGAAGGAACGUGACACUCAUUAUCAUUGGAUUGGAUAACUCGGGUAAAACUGUUCUUGUGGAGGCUUUCCAAAGGCAGCUUCCCAGCAGAAUGAACAAAUGUAUGAAAUCUGAACUGACUACACUGCUGUUAGAUGACUACAACAUUUCCAUCUACAACCUGAAGGGAGACCCAAAGGAUCGGGAAUUAUGGCCAAACUACUAUGCGCAGGCUCACGGGAUUAUUUUUGUGCUGGACUCCAGUGACUUGGGAUGUAUGCAAGAAAUGAAGAACAUCUUGCCAUGUUUGCUAUCUGAUCAACGAGUGGCAGGAAAACCGAUCUUACUCCUGGCAAACAAACAAGACAAGAAGGAUGCCCUCCUGCCUUGUGAAAUUGUUGAGUACCUACUCCUGGAAAAGCUAGUAAAUGAGCAUAAGUCCUUGUGCCGAGUGGAGGCUUGUUCAGCCAUCAAAAACCUCCGAAGAAGAAACCAUCAGCCAAUAAUUGAAGGGCUGCGCUGGCUAUUAGCUGCCAUCGAGGAUAGAUAUGAAGACCUAAGUACUCGUCAACAGCAAUAUGGAAACUUGAAGUGCACCUGUUUCUACUACUGCUUUGUCCUUUCCACCUUCCCCAGGUUCUACACCAGGAUGAGGAUGACCAAACGGAAAAGACUGGAUUUAGGACAACAUUCAGUAGAAGCUAGACCCCUAAAGCCAAUCCUACAGAAGGAAGGUUUACUAAGGCCUAAAAAGAAUAGAUCAGUAACAUUUGCUUUAGAUGAACCAAUGGAAGAAGGCGAAUCUUCUGCAGGAAAUGAAGAUCAGAAAGCCAAUGAGCUCCACUACAAUCAAAGUGCUAACUUGCAGACUCCAGCUCCAUAUGUUAAUGAUGAUCCUUUUGAAGGUAAUAUUGGACCGGUGGUUAGUCAGAAAAGAAAAGAUAUAUAGGCCUUCCGUCACAAUUUCUAAAAUAGUAUUCCUAUUUUGAGUCUGAAACUCUUAUACUGUGGUUGGUGGUUAGGAGAAGAGAAGCAGAAGCACAGGAAGAGUGCUUGGGGACCGCCCAGUAUGACUCCCAGUACUGAGUGAAACAAGAUCUUUAGAUGGCAAUGUUAUUGUUGUUAGGUGCUGUCCAGUUGGUUCUGACUCAUAGCAACCCUAUGUAAAACAGAAUGAGACACUGCCUGGUCCUGUGCCUUCCUCACAAUUGUUGCUAUGUUUGAGGUCACUGCCACAGCGACUUUGAAUGGAUGGCUACAGGGUUAUUUUAAAGGUUAUGAUUCCUACUGGUGGAAGUACAAACAGGUACAACCUUUAUGGAGGGUAAUUUGGCUGGCUCACUCUUACUCAAACAUUCUCACGCUCAAUUUCUCCCUCCCUCUCCCUGCCCCCAUAUAUAUAUAUUUUUGUGUGUGUGUAUUUAUGUAUACAUAAAAUCUCAAGAAUUCUUAAAAUGUCGAGACCCUUCGAGCCAGCAAUCU